AUGGAGGCCGUCCGCAGCCAAUCAGUGGGGAGGAAGAAGACCAAGGUGCCGACCCAGAAGGCAGCGUCAGCGUUGUCUCUAGACCGCCGGCCAACCAAGUUGUACUUUGCUUAUGGGAGUAACUUGCACGUCAAGCAGAUGAACCGUCGCUGUCCCAAUAGCAAGUUCAUCGGCAAGGCCCGUCUCGCCAACUAUCGGUGGCAGAUCAACCAGCGUGGAUACGCCAACGUCAUCCAGGCCGAGGGACACUGGGUAGACGGUCUCGUAUAUGAGAUUGAUGAUAUCGACGAGGCCAAGCUAGACAUAAACGAGGGCGUUGCAAAGAACGCUUACAACAAGCGAUACAUGACGGUCCUGCUUCAUCGGGCGCAGAGCGCCCUGUAUCGCCGUCCCGUUGCGUGGAUUGUGGAAAAGGGCGGGCCGGCUGCCGUGGGUAGGCAAGCCAAGCUCAUGGCUCAGGGGCGCCGAGAGAACUCGCUGCUGCACUGGCAAGACGAUGUUCUCAUAUACGUCAGUCCAAAUUGCACGAUUGACAGCCAUCCCAAGGAGGAAUACGUCAACCGCAUCAACCUGGGCAUUGCGGAUGCCAGGGCCCUGGGCGUCGACGAGGAUUAUAUUCGGAACUGCAUCCGCCCCUUUAUCCCGGAGACGACCGAAAAAUCUCCCUCGGUCCCGGCGCUUGAGACCCCUAGGACCAAGAUGCUAACGGUCGCCCGGGGUAGAGAUGCAAGCUCUCCCGCGAGGUCUGCUGGCCGCUCCCCGGCGCGCAAAGACCGAUCGGUGAGCCGGUCCAAGCAGCAUCUUGAACGACGAUCCCAGUCCUGGCAACCCCCUAAGAAAGAGAGCAAUCAGAGAUUCGACCUGGCGGCAAUGUCAAAGGAACCACCACCCCUGCCUCCGCGACCAGAGUCGAACCAACCCCGUGACAUCCCUAUCGUGGCCGUCCAGGAGGUGCACGUCUCGAGCUGGGGGUGGUGGCCCUCAUUUUCAUGA